CGACAUCAAUUGGAAUUGGAAGACAUGGCGCUGCAAUUGCAAAUUGAGAAGCUCAAAGGUCUGGACAAUUACAAGGCCUGGUCGAUGACGGUGCGUGCGUAUCUGGAGUCCGAAGAUCUGUGGAGUGUGGUCGAGAGUGGACCAGAGAAUAAUGAAGAGUCCCUGCUCAAGGAUAAGCGCGCCAAAUUCAUCAUCCUCUGCCUGAUUGAGACGAAGCUGUGUCAGUUUAUGGUCAGUAUACGCACGGCUCGGGAUCUGUGGAACUAUUUGCGUACUCAGCAUUCACUACGCUGAAACAGCUAGCAGAAAAUACCAACAAUAAAGUACUAACAAUGAGA